CAAUAAAGCAGAGAGCUGAUGUUUAUCCAUUUUUUUCUUCUCUCUCAAAAACAGGGGGAAAAAGGAAACAAGAAGAAGAAGAAUCUGGAGCAGUUGUCGAAUUCGUACAAGUUAAAGUAGCUCAAAUCCAAUUUGUGAUUCUGGGUGUUUCUCAAUUCAUCAUAUGGCUGCCAAUUUCUGGAUUUCUUCUCAGUACAAAGAACUUUUGGACCAAGAAGAGGUUGAUGUGGUGCAUCAGUUGGAUAAAGAGAGAGGCAUCACUCUCGAUGAUUUCAAGCUCAUCAAGUUGCAUAUGUCCAAUUAUGUUGCAAGAUUGGCUCAAAAUGUGAAAGUGAGACAAAGGGUUGUUGCUACCGCAAUUACAUACAUGAGACGCGUAUAUGUCAGGAGAAGUAUGACCGAGUAUGAUCCUCGUCUGGUUGCUCCAACUUGCUUGUAUUUGGCAUCAAAAGCAGAAGAAAGCACUGUGCAGGCCCGACUUCUUGUAUUUUACAUCAAGAAAUUAUAUUCGGAUGAGAAGUAUAAAUAUGAAAUAAAAGACAUACUAGACAUGGAGAUGAAAGUUCUGGAAGCCCUAAACUAUUACUUAGUCGUAUAUCAUCCAUAUCGUUCAUUAGCACAGUUCCUUCAGGAUGCCGGCAUGAAUGAUGCAACUCAAUUGACUUGGGGACUUAUAAAUGACACCUAUAAGAUGGACCUAAUUCUCAUUCAUCCACCACAUUUGAUUACUUUAGCUUGCAUAUAUAUUGCAAGUGUGCUGAAAGAUAAAGAAACUACUGCGUGGUUUGAGGAGCUUCGAGUUGAUAUGAAUGUGGUGAAAAAUAUUGCAAUGGAGAUACUAGAUUAUUAUGACGGCCAUAGAUCAAUCUCAGAUGAGAGGGUAAAUGCUGCCAUGAGCAAGCUAGCUGGAAGAUAGUUGAUACCGGGGUACCUAGCUUCGGGGCAAGAUAUAUUGUCAAGUAAUUUACUAGAUAUCUAUAAAUAUUUGACUGUGAAUCAGUUACUAUUUGUAUAUUAUCUUGAAAGGUCAUGGUAGGAACAUAAACAUCAAAUCCCUGAUACAUUAGCAUUAUGACAUUUCCAGUUCCUUCACAUUUGCAAGUCAACAAAAGAUAAAACGACAUUUCCAGUGAA